AACCAUGCAUGCAAGAAAAAAAAGAUCAAAUAAAACAGCCAUUAUCUAUUGGAGUAGGAGAAAAAUAAGUCUUUUUUUUUCUUUUCGCAAGGCUCAGAAUAAGAGAAACUUUUCCGAAAUCAAUGGGGCGUUGGAUGAAACCAGAGGUUUACCCUCUAUUGGCUGCAAUGACCUUUGUGACCGGCAUGUGUGUCUUUCAGCUAACAAGGAACUUGCUCGGGAACCCUGAUGUUAGGAUUAGCAAAGCUCGUCGAAGCAUGGGAGUACUCUUUGAUAACAAAGAAGAGGGGGAGAGAUAUGCUGAGCAUGGCUUAAGAAAGUUCCUUCGUACUCGGCAACCGGAGAUUAUGCCCACCAUCAACCACUUCUUUAGUGAAGAAAACUAAAAAUGAAGGAUGGUCGCAUAAAAUCAUACUAAAAUAAUUCAACAGAUAAAAUAAUUGUUAGGAUUCUUCUGAUAUUUACUUAUAUCCUUAUUAGGAAUAAUUAUUCUUUCUAGGAAUAAUUAUUCUUUCCUUAUUUAUGUCAAUUCUAUUGUAAUUUUUCCAUAAAUAAAAUAUGAAAUCGUCUUUUAAA